AUGUUUGUUGGGCAACACAGGCAGGUGCGGUGCCUUUCUGCUGAAGAUGUAGUCAUGGCUUCUGGCUUUUGUGAGGAUUGCUCCCGACUGCUGAAAGAAUUUUGCCUUUAUUUGAGGAAGGUUUGCAGAGAGUUUGAGCAAAAAAUAAGAGACGUUUUCAGGGAACUUUCUCAGUGCACCUGCUUUAGGACUACCCCGGAGAGUAGUUUCCUGAGGAGGAGGAGGACGCAGGAGUUGCCCUCUUUACACCUGCUGUGUGAUGAUGAAACUCAACUACUUAAUCAGGAAAGUCUGCACGCGCUGAGCAGACUUGCAUCCUCGGAAGACACUGAUCUACAAACUACUGCAGCCAUGUUUUAUUUACAUGUCAGUCAUCAUUUGAAAUCCCCUCUACCAGAUGCCUUCAUGGAGCCAGUCAUGGCCUUACUUUUAUCAACUGACCUAGAUGUGCAAAAGACGAUAUCUCUCUCCUUGGUCAAUCUGUUAGCCAAGAAUAACGUGUGCAAAGAGUUAGUGAUUGAAAUGGGGAUGCUGGUGCCCAUCCUGGAGCUGUUCCAGUCUGCUGACACCACCGCUCAGUGUCACUCGUGUGCCUGCGUCACCUUGCUGGCUUCCUCAGAAUCAAAAAGUGAAGCUAUCAUGGUGGAUGGCAUCAUGCCACUGUUGGCUUUAGCCAAGUCCUACGAGCCACAGGUGCAACAGAACGCCACUUGGGCUCUGUUACACCUCACACAGUCAGAUUGGUCCACCAGGAUCUUAUGUGAAGUGGGAGCCAUUCCUGUCCUGGUUCUUCUGCUGCAGUCCUCAGACUCAGAAGUUCAGUUUUACAGCUGCACCGCUCUGUGCAACAUCACUGCUGUUCGGGAGCACCACCCAAAGUUGCUCAGCAUGGGGGGGCAUUUUUUGUUGAAGUCUCUUCUGACUCUCGUGUCUUCUUCUGUGCAAAAGAAUUCGACUCAAGCAUGCAGAUGCCUACAAACUCUCUCAAAGAACGUGCUGAUCCAGGAGCAGCUGAUGGAGCUCGACUGUUUGGUGCCCCUGAAGGCGCUGCUGAAGAACUCUUCUCCUGUGCGGAGAGAAUCUGCCAUAACACUACUUUCUGCACUGUCGGCUCACCCACCGAACAAUGACGUCCUCGUGAGUGAGGGUCUGUUGGAGGAAAUUGGUCAGCUGCUUCAUCAUCAAGCAUCUGUCAUAAUCACACACAGCUGCAAGAUCAUCACCGACCUGUGUAGCUCCAGCAUGGGUCAGCAGGCUGUGAUGGAUAGUCUGUGUUUAUCAGGACUCCUCGGGGCCCUUUUGUCUCCGUCCGUGUCAGAUGAGACCUUGCUGCAUGUGACGUCGUGCUUACAUCACCUCAUGACCUGGGAUCCACUGAAGUCUAACUUGUCGGUGACAAUAACAUCAGAGCAAGUUUCAAGACUUGUAAGGUUGUCCGCACAAAUUCAAAAUCCUCAGUUGUCCUACAACAGUGCGGCCAUCAUCAGCACACUAGAAAUGACUGAGGAGAUGGUCCAGUUGCUGAGACCUCACUACAUUACCAUGUUGGAGUACCUGUUGGUGUUUCUCAAAAAGAAGGAUGUUAAGUUGCAGCAACUCGGCAUAGUUACCGUAUUCAACCUCAAGAAAGACGGAGGCUGUUCCUCUCUGUUGGCUGGCAGUGAGUUGGAGGCUCAGCUCUGGAAGGUGCAUGCGCAGACGGAAGAAACCAGACGGCUGCUGCAAAUGAUUAAGCCUCUUUCUCGAUCUUCUGUCGACCCUUGACUUCCUCAGCACAAACGCUAAGAGAUGUGCACAGUGUUUACAUUCGUGCACAUUAUGGACAAGCAGCUUUUUUUAUUCUAUCGUGUUUAUUUCAUUUCAAAUGUUUAUGUUUACAGUCAACACAUUAAGUGAAAAACAAGGCAGAGAUGCGGCAUAGUCUCAACUUUAAUGAAAUAUGGCGUAUAGUUCAACUUUUUAACAGGUUCACAAGUGAUAGUUAUGAGCAAUCCUUAAACUAUAGGAUCAAAUAUUGAUGAUCAGAUACAUUUGUUUUUAUAUGCUUUUAUUAUAAUAAACUCUUUUAACCUCUACGCCUGAAACUUUGCUUUGAGUGAUAUAAUGAAUCAAACAAAGCAACUGUCAGUGCAAUAAAUGUUUUGUGCAUCGUAUUCUCUAAAACAACACCCACAAAACUGAAGCAAAGUCUUUGGAAACUAAGUUCCUUAGCAGCUUUGAAAUAUGUGAUUGCUAUACUUCACAAAAUCAAAGGGAAAGAUAGGAAUUUACAUGAACUUUAUCCAACAAACCUAUAGUCUUCUGUUCUUUGCGCAAACAGCCACUUGAGCUAUUCUAAUUCCACCGUGACAAAACCGAGGAAGGGAAAGUGCUCGGAUUGCAAGAAAUAUCAGGAAUAAGCAAAAAAGCAUGGCUAACACACGUUGGGAUUGUUAGAAUGGCUAUUCCUAGUAUUUCCCAGAGGCAACACUCGCCAGCAAA